UAAACAAAACAACUUUCCUACUACAAUCGCUAUUAAUGGAAAAGAAGCCUAACCUGAUGAAAUGAAUAGUUCAAAGUGCCUGUUCAUCGUUGGGAGUUCCUACUCUAGAAGGAGGGGAAAGAAAAUGGGAAAACAAAAACCAAAUUCGAGAAGUCUCCUUAACCGGCCCCCGCAGUGUCUUAGAGGCCCUUGCCUGGCCAGGGAGCGCUCCGCCCUCCCAGUCCCUAGCGCAGAGUGGAGAUUAAAACAGGCACAGUAAAAACAACAACAAAAGGUUUAAAAUCCAAGGGGAAAAGUCGGGGUGGGUCUCAGGAUCUGCGCCGCGUAGGGCUCGCUCGGCUCCGUAUUCCACUCCGCUGGAGGCCCGGGCCUGGCUGGAGCAGCAACGCAGAUGCCUUGGCCCGGCUGGGGAGCGCAGCCCACAGCUCCCCCUCUUCAGGAGCCCAAGGACCCUCAAGGCGCGGGGCUCACACUUGAAGCCUGGGAACGCGCAAACAGGAAACCCACUUCCUCCUAAGCAGUUUCUUGCUCGCCGGAUGAGAGGCGUCCAAUUGAAGCAGAAUGAUCCUCAUCUACUAAUAUCCAGCGUGGCCACAAAGCGACUGGCCAUUUACGCCGCCACUUUAAACAAAGAUAUUUGGUUAUUCCCGGGGAAGAAAGUGCACUUUUGCAUGGCUGAGCUCCGGGCGGAGGCAAGCCUCAGCCCAGCCUCCCGCCCGCAGGGCUGCUCGCGCCUUGGGAUUCGCCCCCUCCCGACUAGCUGGGCCCGUCAGGGUUCAGGCUAAGUUCCGCCCGGCAACAGGCAGGCGGACACUCACGACGCUCCCUGCCCGCACCCUUCCUGAAGCAUCGGAAGGGAAAUCAGCGUGGCCCUGGGUUCGGGUGCUGGGGCUGUGAUGUCCUUGGAAAGUCAGCUCCAGUUCCAGAACCCCGAGCGUCGAGGCGAUGGGCGAGGGUCGGGGACACCAGGGGAAAAGGGGGCGGGGAGCAGAGGUGUCCCUCUGACGGCGGCAGAAGAGGCAGACAGACUGACAGACACGCAGCCAACAGUGCGGCCCCAGGGCUCGUCCCCAGACUCGCGAGUUCAUUUGGUGGCGACUGGGCUCGGCGCCGGGAAGUCCGAUGUGGUCCGGAGGCGGUGGGAAGGCGCGGGGCUGGGAGGCCGCGGCGGGAGGGAGGAGAAGCCCCAGCAGGCUCAGCCGCCGCCGAAUCAUGUCGAUGAGUCCAAAGCACACGACUCCGUUCUCAGUGUCUGACAUCUUGAGUCCCCUGGAGGAAAGCUACAAGAAAGUGGGCAUGGAGGGCGGCGGCCUCGGGGCUCCGCUGGCGGCUUACAGGCAAGGCCAGGCGGCACCGCCGGCCGCGGCCAUGCAGCAGCACGCCGUGGGGCACCACGGCGCCGUCACCGCCGCCUACCACAUGACGGCGGCGGGGGUGCCCCAGCUCUCGCAUUCCGCCGUGGGGGGCUACUGCAACGGCAACCUGGGCAACAUGAGCGAACUGCCUCCGUACCAGGACACCAUGCGGAACACCGCCUCGGGCCCCGGAUGGUACGGCGCCAACCCAGACCCGCGCUUCCCCGCCAUCUCCCGCUUCAUGGGCCCGGCGAGCGGCAUGAACAUGAGCGGCAUGGGCGGCCUGGGCUCGCUGGGGGACGUGAGCAAGAACAUGGCCCCGCUGCCAAGCGCACCGCGCCGGAAGCGCCGGGUGCUCUUCUCCCAGGCGCAGGUGUACGAACUGGAGCGACGCUUCAAGCAACAGAAGUACCUGUCGGCGCCGGAGCGAGAGCACCUGGCCAGCAUGAUCCACCUGACACCUACGCAGGUCAAGAUCUGGUUCCAGAACCACCGCUACAAGAUGAAGCGCCAAGCCAAGGACAAGGCGGCACAGCAGCAACUGCAGCAGGACAGCGGCGGUGGCGGCGGGGGCGCCGGGUGCCCACAGCAGCAGCAAGCGCAGCAACAGUCGCCGCGCCGCGUGGCGGUGCCGGUCCUGGUGAAAGACGGCAAACCCUGCCAGGCGGGCGCCCCCGCGACUGGAGCAGCCAGCCUGCAAGGCCACGCGCAACAGCAGGCGCAGCAGCAGGCGCAGGCCGCGCAGGCGGCUGCAGCGGCGAUCUCAGUGGGCAGCGGCGGCCCCGGCCUGGGUGCACACCCGGGCCACCAGCCGGGUAGCGCGGGCCAGUCGCCGGACCUGGCACACCACGCCGCCAGUCCCGCGGCGCUGCAGGGCCAGGUCUCCAGCCUGUCCCACCUGAACUCCUCGGGCUCGGACUACGGCACCAUGUCCUGCUCCACCUUACUAUAUGGUCGGACCUGGUGAGAGGGCGCUGGGCCGGGCCUAGCCCAGCGCGCUGCCUCAUCGCUUCCCCUUCUGCCCGCCACACACACACCAACCACCUGCCGCUCCAUGCGCUUCGACUUUUCUUAAGAACCUGUCCCGUUAAGACCAAGGAACAAAACACAAAGGCCAAACUGCUGGACGUCUUUCUUUCUUUCCUUUUUUUUUCUAAAAUUUGUGGGAUUUUUUAAAAAAAGAAAAUAAAAACAACCAAACGAAUCCAAUUCUUUAAAGGAGCCUUUAAACAGAGGACGCAACGAGAACAACUUUGGGGGUGUCGUUUAGGUGAUUCAAACGAAUUUCCCACGCUCGGGUGGGGCACAGUUUGGAGAGAGCUCUAUGCUGCCACGGCUCUAGACUCUAAAGAUCUCACAUUUCACUCUGGGUACGCUGUGCCAGCAAAGUGGACUCGUUUGUAAAUACUAGGAUUUCUUUCGAAGGGGAGAUGGGGUCUGGGAAGAGGAAAGACUCUUCCACGGAACCAACUUGUCACUGACACAAAGAAAAAGCCCCCUUCCCAGGAACCUCCGGCUGCCCAGGCUCAGCCUGACUGCCGUGGCUAAAACUGUUUUAUGUUUGAUGUGAACUUGUAGCUGUAAACGCUGUCAAAGUUGGACUAAACGCCUAGUUUUUAGUAAUCUGUACAUUUUGUUGUAAAAAAAAGAAAAAGAAAAAGAAAAAACCCCUAGUCCUGGCCCCCUGCCCAUCAUAUUUUUUAUGGGCACUGACAAAUCUGUGUAUAUUAUUUGGCAGUUUGGUAUUUGCAGCGUCAGUCUUUUUCUGUUGUAACUUAUGUAGAUAUCUGGCUUAAAUAUAGUUCCUAAGAAGCUUCUAAUAAAUUAUACAAAUUAAAAAGAUUCCUUUUCUGAUUAAAAA